GCGCCCGUUGUAGUGCACGCGCCAUUCCUCCAAGCGUGUUUUCAUCUCCCAUUGCAAACCAUUGGCAGAGCUUUUCACAAACUUAUAUCUGCCCCGGCUCUUAGAUAUCCCCAGACAUGGACAUGGACAGUGCCAGCUCAGUGGUGCUCCAGGCCCUGACCCAGGCCACCAGUCAGGACACGGCGGUGCUGAAGCCAGCCGAGGAGCAGCUGAGGCAGUGGGAGACGCAGCCUGGCUUCUACUCUGUGCUCCUGAACAUCGUCAACAACCACAUGCUGGACGUGAAUGUGAGGUGGCUGGCGGUGCUGUACUUCAAAAACGGGAUUGACAGAUACUGGAGGAGGGUUGCGCCGCAUGCGUUGUCAGAGGAGGAGAAGACAUCAUUACGCGCCGGGCUCAUCACAAACUUCAACGAACCAGUCAAUCAGAUAGCCACACAGAUCGCCGUGCUGAUAGCUAAGGUUGCGCGCCUGGACUGCCCACGGCACUGGCCCGAGCUCAUCCCCAUCCUCCUGGAGUCAGUGAAAGGUCAGGACAGCCUCCAGCAGCACCGUGCUCUGCUCACCUUCUACCACGUCACCAAGACCCUGGCCUCCAAGUGCCUGGCCCCGGACAGGAGGCUCUUCCAGGAGCUGGCGUCGAGUAUCUACAGCUUUGCAUGUUCCCUGUGGAGCCACCACACCGACUGCUUCCUCCAGCAGAUCUACGCCCGAGAGGAGGGGCCGGCUCUCAGCUCACUGGAGAGGACACUGCUCUCACUCAAAGUUCUCAGAAAGUUGACAGUCCAUGGAUUCCCAGAACCUCAACAGAACAUGGAAGUAAUGGGCUUCCUGAAUGCCGUAUUUGAAAGGCUAAAGCAGUUCUUGGAAUGCUGUCGACAAGUUGGUCCUGAGAGCCCCUGCAGAGAGAAGCUGGAAAAGACUAUUAUCCUUUACACUAAAGUUUUGUUGGACUUUCUGGAGCAGCAUCCGUGUGCGUUUAUCCCCCACAUUCAGCGGUCUCUGGAGUUUGCCGUGAGCUACGUGUUCACGCCAGCCGGAGAGGGAAUCACCUUUGAGCGCUUCAUCGUCCAGUGCAUGAACCUCAUUAAAAUGAUCCUGAAGAACGAUGCCUACAAACCCAACAAGAACAUAGAAGACAGUAAACCGGAGAGUCUGGAAGCACACAGGAUCAAGACGGCCUUCUUCACACACCCCACACUCACUGAAAUUGGGCGCAGACUGGUCUCGCACUACCUCCUGCUCACAGAGGAGGAGCUGGCCAUGUGGGAAGAGGACCCAGAGAGCUUCGCUGUCGAAGAAACCGGCGGUGACUCUUGGAAAUAUAGUUUGCGGCCCUGCACAGAAGUUUUGUUUCUGGAUAUCUUCCACAACUACAGCCAGACACUGACCCCGGUGCUGCUCGAGAUGGUCCAGAAUCUACAAGGUCCAACCAACGUGGAAGACUCUGUUCAGUUACUCAUGAAGGAUGCAGUGUACAAUGCAGUGGGCCUGGCUGCCUAUGAGCUCUUUGAUAAUGUGGACUUUGACCAGUGGUUCAAGAACCAGCUGCUUGGGGAGCUGCAAGUCAGUCAUCACAGGUACAAGCUGAUCCGGAGGCGUGUGAUCUGGUUAAUAGGACAGUGGAUCUCAGUCAAGUUCAAACCUGACCUCCGACCUUUGCUGUAUGAAGUCAUCUUGACCCUGAUGCAGGACCCUGACCUGGUGGUGCGAAUUGAGACUGCCACUACUCUGAAGCUUACUGUGGAUGACUUUGAGUUUCGCACGGAGCAGUUCCUCCCAUAUCUGGAAUCCAUUUUCGGGCUGCUCUUUCAGCUUUUGCAGCAGGUGACCGAGUGUGACACCAAAAUGCAGGUGCUCCAUGUCAUCUCCUGUGUCAUCGAAAGAGUCAAUAUUCAGAUCCGACCGUACGUGGGCUGUCUAGUGCAAUACUUACCUUUGCUGUGGAAACAGUCUGAAGAACACAACAUGCUCCGAUGUGCCAUUCUCACCACUCUCAUUCACCUAGUUAAGGGCCUGGGGGCGGAGAGUAAGAACCUCUAUCCUUUUCUUCUGCCCGUCAUCCAGCUGAGCACCGAUGUCUCCCAACCGCCGCAUGUCUACCUGUUAGAGGACGGACUGGAGCUGUGGUUGGUGACUUUGGAGAACAGCCCUGCCCUCACCCCGGAGCUGCUCAGAAUCUUCCAGAACAUGCCGGCUCUGCUCGAACUGAGCUCGGAGAAUCUGCGCACCUGCUUUCAGAUCGUCAACGCGUACUUGUACCUGUCUGCCACCGAGUUCCUUCAGAACUACGCUGAAUCAUUGUGCCGAUCUUUCUGCGAUUUACUGAAGGACAUCACGAAUGAGGGACAAGUUCAAGUCCUGAAGGUGGUGGAAAUAGCUUUAAAGGUUAGCCCAGCGCUGGCACCCCACAUGUUCCACCCGUUGCUACCAGCUGUCUUCAGAGGCAUUCUGGAUGGAGAGAGAUACCCCGUGGUGAUGGCAACUUACCUGGGUAUUAUCGGGCGCGUGCUGUUACAGAAUUCCAGUUUCUUCUCCUCGUUCCUCACACAGAUGGCCUCUGAGAGCAGCCAAGAGAUGGAGCAGUUACUGGGCAGUCUGAUCGAGAUGUGGGUGGACCGCAUGGACAGCAUCACUCAGCCUGAGCGCAGGAAGCUGUCCUCACUGGCCCUGCUCUCCCUUCUGCCGUCUGACAACGGAGUGGUACAAGACAAGUUCUGUGGCAUCAUCAACAUCACAGUGGAGGCGCUGCACGACGUCAUGACGGAGGACCCAGACACAGGGACCUAUAAAGACUGCAUGCUGAUGAGCCACUUGGAGGAGCCCAAGCUGAGCGAUGAUGAGGAGCCACCGACGGAGCAGGACAAGAGGAAGAAACUGCUGGCCCUGGAGGACCCCGUGCACGCCGUAUCACUGCAGCAGGUGGUGUAUGAGAAGCUGAAGGCGCAGCAAAGCAUGAUGGGAGACCAGGGCUUCAGUCUGCUCAUGGAGACCGUGGACACAGAGCUGGUGCGGCAGCUGCAAGAGUUCCUCCAUGCGCUCUGAGCGUCGACUCCACCGCCUCCUCUCCCACCCUCCCUCCUUUCGCUUUAAUACGCCUCUGCCCCCUCUCCAGCACUGCUAAAAUAUCCGCUCCAAAUCACUUGAAUUCAGAAUAUUCAUCUGAGCUGUUUUAGCAUGUUUUUACAAUUUUCUUUUUCUCGUAUAAAGGUGCACUACGAAAUUUUUGGUUAAAAUAUUCGCUCAAAAAUCACUUGAAUUCAGAAUAUUCAUCUGAGCUCUUUUAUCAUGUUUUUUUUCGCAAUUUCCUUUUUCUCGUUUAAAGGUGCACUACGUAAUUUUUUGAUUGGGGGUCUGUCACCUGCUUGUUGCUAUGGAUAUGUCAUUGCUCUGCCUGGAAUGUUCCACAGUAUGACAUUAAACAGCUCUACCUUACAUUUAUUCAGUUACAGGUGGUUUUAUAGCUCAAAAAUACCUAGAAAAACUGUGAGUGAGUUUGCCUCUCCACAGAUCUGACCUGCAACUUUGUCCGUGUUGGUUUCCAUGACGAUAGAUUCAAUACCACACUGUGAAACAUUCCAGACAAAGCAAUAACAUCUCCGAACCCUCCACCAGGAAAGUUACACAAUGCACCGUUAAGACCUAGAAUGGAAGGAAAAGCUCAGACAAACUUUAUUUAUCCACAAGGGGAAUUACUUGGACACAGUAGUUGAAAACGCUUACAAAAACAAAGCGCAAAUGUAUGUAUUUUUAUUUAGACGCACACUAGUUCGAGGUGUAGUGGUUUGAUCCUCACUUCUGGCAACACGUCCUCACUUUUAUGUUCAAGACCCUUCACCUUGAACUGCGUGUACUGAUGUGUGCAUGUCGGACUGAAUAGGUCCUUGUCGAUAUGAAUUUUGAAUAAUUUGAUAUUUUGACCUUUUGACCAACUUAUUUCUUUUUUUUUUUUUCAAUAUGAGUUGAGGUGUAGCUUGAAAUAAGAAAAAUAUUGAUUAAAUAGUACAGUUUUAAGUCAUGCUAUAAUGUUGCUUAUCAAAAAUAUCUGGAAUUCGGUUUUGUUUCAUUCACACACGUUUGAGUAAUCCUUUAUUAUUAGUCUGUCUACAUCUCCAAAGCUCAAAAUGCACUUUUCCACCUUGUGAUGUCAUUAAGUUGCAGUUUUCAUGUUAACAUCUACCUUUUUAACUUUUCCUCAGUAGACAUUGGCAAUUCCAGGGCUGAAAUUAUCCAGUUUAUUCUAGUGAAAGUGUAUGGAGUUUAAAGCACAAUGGAGCACUUCCUGUAUUACCACAUGACAUCACAAUGUAGAACAGAGUGUUUGCUGUUUGAGAGAAGAACUUUGCUUAAAUAUGCAAGGUUUCUAUGUUAAAUAUAUGAAUGAAACAAAACACAACUCCACGUAUGUGUUUGAUGAAGAAACUGCAAAACCGCUCGUGUAAUUCUGCAUUCAAGUCACUUUUCUAGAUUGCUUUAGCAGUGAGUCUGGAGCCGCGCUAACCUCUGCCCAUGCUAAUGCCUUAUCUAUAUCCACAGCUAGCCUUCUCCACUGUCCUCUCAUAUUAUCCCCGCUCUAAGCCCCUCUCUAUUAUCUCAACUCCUCUGUGUCCUUCUAUCGAGAUGGACUCCUGGUGCUGCAUUAAAAUGUAGAGACACCUUUGCAUUUUCAAAUCACACACUUUGAACCAUCUACACCAGAGCUUCCUCCCAGACGACGAGUAUCUUCUGUCUGUCUGUCUGUCUGUCUGUGCGUUCACGAGUUGGGGCGAAUUUCGAGCAUUUUGUGUCAGUGCCACGGCGGGAGACUCUUUAUUUUUGUAUGGAACAGACUGUAGCCGAAACCUGAAGGACCUAAAGCAGUGUUUACAAAGUCUAAUCUUCAGAGGCGAGAACAGUGUAUUUUGUAUGUAUAUAGUACGGAUGACAAUGUGCAUGUGAAACCCUUUAUUUGUACUUUGUGUUGACCAUUUUUAGAAAAAGACAAUGUCAUAAAUGAACGGCCUAGCUGAAAUGACUACUGAAUGGACGCUAGUUUUUUUUCUUUUGGGGAGAAGUGAUGUGUAGGAUGAGUGUUGAACCACAUUUCUUUGUAAAUACAAGCUGCUGCUAAUUCUCAGUGUGUCUGAGCACUUUAAUAGCCAAAAACUGUAUCACAUUUAAAGUGCAUAUGACAGGUUAGACUCAUUUCACAAAAACAUAGCUCACAUCAAUGAAUUUAAGUUUUUUGGAGGGGGGAUCUUAUCAUUUUAUUUCCUACUGGACACAUGCAGCAGAUUUAACUUGCAUAAAGGUAACUCCAUAACUUUAUAACUUUGAAAAAAAUCGUCAACAAGCGCAAAAUAUACGAUUAUACAAACUAAAAUAUAUGACUAUUAUUUUUAAAAAUGAAGGUUUAAAUUGUCCUAAAAUAUCCUCAUUGCUUGUAAAUUGUCCGUUGAUAACAGAGAUUGUGUCCGCUACUUUCUGCAUUUUUGUACGUUUAUUUUCAUCUGUUUUUCCACAAACUGCCAAUUGAGCGAUGUAAAACUAUGAUAAACAUCCCACCAAACUGAAUCAUUGUUAGAAAACCACGGAAAGCUGUCAUAUGCACUUUAAAUCCUUUUGUAAAUGUCCCAAAAGCACCACGAUCAUGAAGCACGAGUGGCUGUGUUUGUGGACUAAACCAGCGGACUGUGUCACCUUUCAACCUUCAACUACAUCACAAAGUGUCAUUAUGGUUUGAAUAGCAACUUUAUGAACUAUGAGCUUGUCAAUGUAUAUAAACUGCAAAGGAUUCUGGGUAUAAUUUGACAAAAGUGCAAGUGAAAUGUAACAGAAAUGGAAAAAGUGUAAAAGCCUCAAUGAAAUGCUCUUAAUUAAAUACCAGUGUUAUGCGGUUUUGUUCAAUGAGGACACUUUAACGCUACCGUAUGUAUGUUUAUUUCAUAUUUUUGACCUGUAUAAAGAAGAGGACUAACUUGA